AUGCUGCUCACCGUGUCUGCUCUGCUGGCCGUAGCCCUUGGGAGUGCCCAAGAUGCCGACCAAAGCCAGUGUGCAGUUCCACACCGUGCAUCUGGUGGAUCGCUGCUGCAGCAUGCUGCGGCGAAUGCGACCGUCUCUCCCGGCCCGUUCGCGUCCGAAGAGCACAAAGGUUGUCGCAAGAUGAUCCAUCGCUGCCUGUGCAAGGAUUGUGAAGAUGAGGCACAAGAGUUCUACCAUGCGAAUUGGUCUGCCUGGCAGCUCGGUUUCGACAUUUGUUGCAACAGCCAGUACAAUGAGGCGCUUUGUGGAGAGCUUGCUGCAACCAUCUUCGGUUUCUCUGCGCAGAACUUUGGCCCCGGCGAUCGUGUGAGUGACACACCUGACCCGGCACUUGCCGAGUUCUGCCAUGAGGCAGAAGGCCUCAUGGACGCUCACUUUGCCGAGGAAAGCUUCCAGAAGGACACGGCUGCAGCCCCUCAAGUACACCAGCUGUUGCAGAUGUUUCAGAUGGGCUUCCUCCAGAAGCUUUUCUCGAGAGUCGGACGCCUGAGCCUCCGCAAGCUCCUUUACCGUGCGGACCGGGCCACCCGCCGUGCCGCCAUUCGCCGGCACGUGGAGGAUUGCCAUUUCAAGCAUUCUUGCUGGGAGCCGAUCGGAUUCCGACUGCGGCGCUUCUUCCUUGAAAAGGCAGAGCCGGUUGAGGAAUGGAGCUAUGGUCAGUGCUUUCAUGAGCAUGCAUCGGUUGCCACCUAUGAAGGAGGAUCUCGAAGUGUCCGCAGCCUUGAGGGGGACAGCGUCACGGAAUUGUAUUCACGAGUACCUCAUGAAUGGCGCCUCCGGCCCAAGGCCUUAGUCUACGAUAAGGGCUUGAACUUCGAAAACGGUUAUUGCAAUGUUGCCUUUUCUCACAGGAUCGUUUCUCUCAGCGGAGGCGGCCAGUUGAAGUUGGGGCAGUCCGCAAAGGUGUUCGUGAAGGUUGGGCCCGACAUCGAGAAGAUUACCGAAGAUGACAUCCGAAAGGGUCAUGAGCUCGUAAAUUUGAACCUGCAGAAAGACAGCACGGAGGCCGUCGGGGGCAUCUUUGUCGAGGAUGUCAAGGUGAAUUGGGAGGACCUCAACUUCUGCGGGCCUGAUGUCCUUGGUACUGGUGGCAUCUUCGUCGACGGAAUCAGUGUUGAUUGUGCGAGUUGGAUUACCAAUGCAGCGCACGUCUUCACACUACACGGUCUGUCCUUGGCGGUCCUGGUGCUCUUGAGUCUGAGCACCUAG